GGUCAGUUCCUGGACAUGAGGAACCAGUCGUGUAAAGCGUGUAUUGCUGGCACUUAUUCUCUGGGGACUGGCGUCGAAUUCAGUCAGUGGGAUGAGCUGCCACCAGGGUUCAUCAACAAAGCCACAACUCAAGACAUGUCAGAUGAAUUUACUGAGGCGUUCGAGAACUGUACCACGUCCAAGUGGACUCUUCAAACCGAUUUCAUAGCGUCCAACACAGACGAGUGCAGAGCGACCCUGAUGUACUCCGUGUACCUGAAACAGCCGGGCACCGUCUCGUUUGAGUACCUGUAUCCCGACACCGAUAUAUUUUUCGAAUUCUUUGUUCAGAAUGAUCAAUGUCAAGCUAUGGACUCUGAAUCGAAAGGGAUAAGAAGAACUGAGAGGAACGAUUGGCAAACAAUUUCAGUCCACCUGAAUCGCGGCAACAACGUCUUGUACUGGAGAACGACAGGAUUCCCACUGGGCAACACAGCGCUGAAGCCAGCCCUCAUCAAAAACAUUUUCAUCACGGGGGUGGCCUACACAUCUGAGUGCUUCCCUUGCAAACCGGGGAGCUGCAACAACAAAGCAGGUUCCUCACGCUGUGACCCGUGCCCGAGGAACACGUACUCUCCCAGAGGAGCCACGUUUUGCCAAGCGUGCGACAAAGAUUCAUAUUCAGAGACGGGCUCGGGUUCGUGCAAGAAACGUCAGCCGUGCUCGGCGAAGGACUAUUUCAACACCCACACACCGUGUGACAGCGGUGGCAUGACUCAGAUCAUGUACAAGUGGAUCGAGCCCAAACUCUGCAACGAAGAUGCCAAAGACGCUGUAAAGCUCCCUGCGUCGGGCACAAAGGAGCCAUGUCGACCUUGUAACCCGGGAUUCUUCAAAGCUAACGGGACCGGCUGUGAGCCUUGCCCUCACGGCUUCUACUCCGACGGGUCCACCGAGUGCACCAAAUGUGCCAUCGGAACCGAACCGGUGCUGGGAUUCGAAUACAAGUGGUGGAAUAGUUUGCCAAAGAACAUGGACACUGCCUGUUUCAAUGGGAUCGAUGAAGAUUGCAAAGAAAUAAAAGGAUGGGAGGUGGCCGGGGAUCAUGUGCAGAGUGCCGUGGGGAGAAAUGAUAACGACUUCUUGAUGCUGAUAUUGACCGUUCCUGGGUUUAGGGCGCCAGAAUCAGUGGUAAAGGACACAGAGAACGCAGAGAUCGCACGGAUCACCUUUGUCUUUGAGACCAAGUGCACAGCGGACUGCGAGCUGUAUUUCAUGGUGGGCACGAGCAGAGCGACUGCAAGAACUGCGGAGAUCUGGUCUGGCAGCCGAGGGAAGCAAUCCUAUACGUACGUCAUUGAAAAACACUCGUCCCUGGCUUUUGUGUGGGCAUUUCAGCGCACGACUUCCUUUGACCAGGGACAAAGUUACUCGACGGACGUUGCCCAGAUCUACUCCAUCAACGUGACCAAUGUGAGGGACGGCGUCUCCUCGUACUGUCGGCCAUGCGCCCUGGAGGACACAGCCUCAGGUUCGGCCUGUGUCGCCUGCCCGCUCGGACAUUACAUCGACAAGGCCUCCAGCAAGUGCCGGGAGUGUCCCCCGAAUACCUACCUCAAAGCUCACCAUUAUUACGGAAAGGAAUCUUGCGUCCCGUGCGGUCCUGGUACCCGAAGCAGCUUGAACCACACUCUUUGCUACAACGACUGCAAGUUCGCUCAACACCAAGGGAGCAAGACCUUACAGUAUGAUUUCAGCCUUCUCAGCAACGUGUCUUCUGUCACAAGUGCCCCCCGGUUCACCUCGAAAGGAGUGAAAUAUUUCCACUACUUCAACAUUGGCCUUUGUGGGUUCCAGGGAAAGAAGAUGGCGACUUGUGUGGACAACGUAACAGUUGAAGGGAUCACAGAGGCAUACGAAGGUUUCACUGAAGUUAUCUCGUCUUACAUCUGCCAAUCCACCCUUGUACCUACGGACGUGAGGGGAUUUCGAACCAUCACGUCAUCUCAUCCCAUUAACCUGGCAGAUCGGUUGUUGGGAGUUACGAGCGAAACGACUCUGGAAAAUCUCACUGCUGAUGGCAAUCUGUUUCCUGUUAGUAAAGCCAGCAGAACAUUGCCCGACAUCAUAUAUUUUUACAGGUCCAGUGAAUCAACUGAAACCUGCAAAACCGGCAGAGCUUCCACGAUACGAUUGAGGUGCAAUCCCGCGUACGCUGGGUCAGGAACCAUUUCAGUUCCAAGUGGCUGCCAAGAAGGGACGUGUGAUGGUUGCACCUUUCACUUUCUGUGGGAAACAGCUGAGGCCUGUCCGCUGUGCUCAGCGACGGAUUACCACGAGAUAGUCGGGGCCUGUGUGAGUGGAAUCCAGAAAACUGCUUUUGUCUGGUGGGAACCGAAGCUGUGCAAAGGGGGGGUUGAGCUGCCAGAGCAAACGGUGGAAACUUGCAAGGCAGUGGACUUCUUCCUGAAAAUUGGAAUAAUCACGGGCUCCAUCACUGCUUGCUUAUUGGUGGCCACGACGUGUUACUUCUAUAAGAAAAACCAGAAGUUGGAGUACAAGUACUGCAAGUUGGUGAUGAACUCUAAUGUCAAGGACGGUGAGCUGCCGGCAGUGGAUAGCUGUGCUAUAAUGGAAGGCGAAGACAUGGAAGAUGACCUUAUUUUUAUGAGUAAGAAAUCGCUGUUCGGAAAGAUCAAGUCAUUUACCACUAAAAGAACGUCAGAGGGAUUUGAUUGUGUUCCACUGAAAUCCUCUUCAGAAUCGGCAGAUUUGGAAUUGUAACCUGAUUAUAUUUUUUAAUC